GCCCACGGCUCCCUUCCCCGCCUGCAAACUCCCCUGCCAGCCGCAGCGUCCUGCCUCCGCCUCCCCAAACUCCUUCAAACUUUCCCCGCCGCAGCCGGGACAAGAUUGUUAGGUGGGGGCGGGGGUUUAGUUUCCCUCCCUCUCCUCCGGAGCCCCCAAAUCAGGCACCACCCUGAUUUCCCCUCGCCCCGGUUGGGCAGCAAUCUGGUCUUCCUAGCAGCGCCGGUUCCUACUUUGUCCCCUCCUCACCAGUUGGGAUCCCUCUCCUGGUCAAGACGGAAACCUCCUUCUCCACUGGGAAACCCUCCUGGGGGAUUUUGAACGAAGCCUGAGCUACCGAGUCUAUUCCCAUUGCCACUACCCAAGAAGAGAAGCGGCCUCGACAUGUAAACGUAGGGAUCCCUUGGAGUUGGCCCUGGGCAUGGACAACUAUUUCCAGUCCUGGAGGAGAGUAGUAACUAGUGGAGUGGCAUUCAAGACAAACCAGAAAACGUGCUGAGGAUAUCCAAAGUGUGACAGGAAGGGGCAGCCUUCCAGCCCAACAACUAUGCCUUUCGGGCUGAAAUUGCGACGGACCAGGCGCUAUAAUGUCCUCAGCAAGAACUGCUUUGUGACACAAAUCCGUCUGCUGGACAACAAUGUGAUUGAGUGCACGCUCUCAGUGGAGAGCACAGGGCAGGAGUGUCUGGAGGCUGUGGCCCAGAGGCUGGAAUUACGUGAGACACACUACUUUGGCCUUUGGUUUCUCAGCAAGAGCCAGCAAGCACGAUGGGUAGAACUGGAAAAACCUCUGAAGAAACAGCUGGACAAAUUUGCCAAUGAGCCUUUGCUUUUCUUUGGGGUAAUGUUCUAUGUGCCCAAUGUGUCCCGACUGCAGCAGGAGGUCACAAGGUAUCAGUAUUACCUACAAGUGAAAAAAGAUGUUCUUGAUGGUCGAUUGCGUUCUUCGUUGGAUCAGGGGAUCCGGCUGGCUGGCUUAGCUGUGCAAGCGGAUUUUGGUGACUAUAAUCAGUUUGAAUCUCAUGAUUUCCUCCGAGAAUAUGUUCUGUUUCCUAUGGAUUGGACUCAAGAUGAAGCAGUCCUGGAAGAUCUGACUCAAAAGGUAGCUCAGGAACAUAAAACUCACAGUGGCAUACCAGCAGCAGAAGCUGAACUUAUGUACAUCAGUGAAGUGGAACGCCUUGAAGGGUUUGGACAAGAAAGCUUUCCUGUGAAGGACAAUCAUGGAAAUGAUAUGCAUCUUGGCAUUUUCUUCAUGGGAAUCUUCAUAAAAAAUAGAAUUGGAAGGCCAACAGUGAUAUACAGGUGGAAUGAUAUUGGGAAUAUAAUACAUAACAAGUCUUCAAUCAUCGUGGAGUUGAUCAACAAAGAAGAAACCGUGCUCUUUCACACAGAUGAUAUUGAAAAUGCAAAAUAUAUUUCACGGCUGUUUGCUGCAAGGCAUAAGUUUUAUAAACAGAAUAAAAUCUGCACAGAACAAUCAAGUUCUCCUCCCCCUAUCAGACGGCGGCCCACCUGGAGUAGGUCAUCCUUGCCAAGACAGCACCCAUUUAUACUGCCACCUAUGCAUGUCCAGUGCGGAGAACACUACACUGAAACAAACAACUCACAAGACAGCAUUUUCCAUGGAAAUGAAGAAACAUUCUAUUGUAGAUCUCAGACCAGCUUGGACAGGUGUCCCAUGGACUUCAGCUACUUAAAUGGUAAUGGGCCAAAUGGCAGUAUGUGCAGUGCCCACAGCAUGAACUCUCUCAACCGUUCACAGAACUUCGUUCAAGCAUCUCCAAUGUCCUCCAAUCUCAGCAUCCCAGGAAGUGAUAUCAUGAGAGCAGACUACAUCCCCAGCCAUAGACAUAGUGCCAUCAUAGUGCCGUCCUACAGGCCAACGCCAGACUAUGAAACUGUCAUGAGGCAAAUGAAGAGGGGGGUUAUUCACAUGGAUAGUCAAAGUCAAUCUUUAAGGAACCUCAAUAUUGGAAAUACACAUGCUUACAACCAGCCAGAAGACCUGGUUUACAGCCAACCUGAAAUUCGAGAGAGACAUCCCUAUACUGUUCCUUACGGGCCGCAUGGUGGUUAUAACAAACCUGUUGCCCCAUCUGACCAAAUGAACCCUAAUAAUGCUGUGCAGAAUAAGGCAGCAGCCAGUGCCAUAUCCCACACAGUUAGCACGCCAGAACUGGCUAACAUGCAGCUGCAGAGCAGUCAAAGCUAUAGUACUGUCCAUAUGUUAAAUAACUAUCUUUUCAGGCCACCACCUCCAUAUCCACGUCCACGUCCUGCCACCAGCACGCCUGACCUAGCGAGCCACCGUCAUAAAUAUGUCAGUGGCAGUAGCCCUGAUUUGGUUACUCGUAAGGUCCAGCUCUCAGUGAAGACAUUCCAAGAGGACAGCUUGCCAGUGGUUCAUCAGUCACUCCAGGAGGUUAGCGAGCCACUCAUGGCAGUCAAGCAUCAUGCAGCUUUGCACAAGCGCCAUAGUUUGGAGGUCAUCAGCAAUAUGGUACGUGGUAUAGAAGCUAUGGCUUUAAAAACUUUAAAUGCCCCUCUGCCACGUAGAAACACCUUGCGAGAGCAGGUGCAGCCAGAAGAGGCAGCGCAGAUGGAACACGCGGUUCAGCAGCUCCCUUGCUACCAUCACAAGAAGACGUUCUCGAGUGCCACGAUGCUGAUACACAGCAGUGAAAGCGAAGAGGAAGAAGAAGCUUCAGAAUCAGUGUCACAGAUAGCACCGCUCCACGAAAAUGUGGAAUAUAGUGCUCAGUUGCAAGCUGCUUUGGCUAGAAUACCAAAUAAACCUCCUCCUGAGUAUCCCGGGCCAAGGAAAAGUAUUAGCAAUGGAGCCCUGAGGCAGGACCAAGUAAACAUUUCAGUGGCUGUAGCUAGGGCCAAGGCCAUGAGGCCAGGGCCUACCAAGGCCAUUAGCGUGUCUCGGACUGAUCAAAUGACAAUGAAUGGGGCCUCACUUGGACCAUCUAUCUCAGAGCCUGACCUCACGAGUGUAAAGGAGAGGGUCAAGAAAGAACCAGUGAAGGAAAGGCCUGUGUCCGAAAUGUUUUCUAUCGAGGACAGCAUUAUAGAAAGAGAGAUGAUGAUGAGGAAUCUAGAGAAGCAGAAGAUGGCAGGCCUGGAGGCCCAGAAGAGGCCCUUGAUGUUGGCAGCGUUAAAUGGACUCUCCGUUGCUAGAGUUCCAGUGCCUGAGGAUAGCCAGGAUGAAGUAGCCAAGGUGCCAAUGGAUGAGAGGUGCAAAAUCUUGAAGAGGAAGUUGGAAGAGGGGAUGGUAUUCACCGAAUAUGAGCAGAUUCCAAAGAAAAAGGCAGAUGGGAUCUUCACCACUGCAGCAUUGCCUGAAAAUGCUGAGCGCAACCGCAUCAGGGAAGUCGUUCCAUAUGAGGAGAACAGAGUAGAGUUGGUACCAACCAAAGAAAAUAAUACAGGCUACAUCAAUGCCUCGCACAUAAAGGUUACUGUAGGUGGGGAGGAAUGGCACUAUAUAGCCACACAAGGACCUUUGCCACACACUUGCCAUGACUUCUGGCAGAUGGUGUGGGAACAGGGGGUGAAUGUUAUAGCCAUGGUCACAGCUGAAGAGGAAGGAGGAAGAAGCAAGAGUCAUCGCUACUGGCCUAAACUGGGCUCUAAGCACAGCUCAGCCACUUAUGGGAAGUUUAAGGUGACAACUAAGUUCCGCACGGAUUCUGGAUGCUAUGCUACUACGGGGCUGAAGGUCAAGCAUCUUUUGUCUGGGCAGGAGAGGACAGUGUGGCACUUGCAGUAUACUGACUGGCCUGAUCAUGGUUGUCCAGAAGAAGUCCAAGGCUUUUUGUCCUAUUUGGAGGAGAUACAGUCGGUACGUCGCCAUACCAACAGCGUGUUGGAUGCUAGCAAUAAUUGCAACCCGCCAAUCGUGGUUCACUGCAGUGCAGGUGUAGGGAGGACAGGGGUGGUUAUCCUAACAGAACUGAUGAUUGGCUGCUUGGAACAUAAUGAAAAAGUGGAUGUUCCGGUGAUGCUGAGACACCUACGGGAGCAGAGAAUGUUCAUGAUUCAGACCAUCGCUCAGUACAAAUUUGUCUAUCGUGUGCUCAUCCAGUUCCUACAAAACUCUAGACUCAUUUAAUCUCCUUAGAGAUCCCAGACGCAGUAUUGUGGAUUGGACUGAACCUUAUUGGCAAGACAGACACAUUUCUUUGACAAACGUGUCUUUUAUCAUGGUGUGCAAAUAUUGCACGUGCUCAAGUUGCCUCAAAAGUAAGGAGUCCUUGUUCUUCCGUAGAGAGUACCACAAAUUAUUUUGUACAAGGUAAUUUAUUUUUCAUGGAAUAACUUCUGAAUUUCUUGAACUUGUAAAACUUGUGGUGAGGUUUGAAUUGACAUAACUGAUCUGCGUUGCCAAGUGUCCAUAGGGAAGGUGAUCCUCUCCAGGGGAGUUUUGUUGACCUGUAUUCUGUUAUAUGGUUUAUGAAAUGAACAGGUCUUCAGGGAAUGGCUUUUUUCCAGUAAGAACAUUUUAGAGCCAAUUUUGUGGCUUUCACAAUGAAAACAAGACCUGCUAAAAGCCAGUUAAGACUCUGUAAUGGGCCAAAUCUGAUGAUAAAUACAGAGAAGAUACAAUGCAGAGAACCCAAAACAUGCAUCCAUAAAUGAAUGGAUGGAAGCAUUACAAAGUAAGCAGUAGGGUAUUUCAGGCAGGAAAGCUGGGUAUGUGGCAUUACCCCUUGGCUUGAAGUGGUUUCCAUCAUAUACAGGGUUUACAGUUUUGUUCAAUGGUUCUCCGCACCCCCACUAUAAAAAUUGUUCCAACGCCACUAUAAUCAGGUGUACAGAGACCUCAGAUGUUCAAAAUUUGGCAAGAAUUACCAUUGCAGCUUAGUACUUGACAAGAAGCCAUAUUACACUUUUGUUAAUAUCCACCAGCCUUUGAUCCCGUCCUAGAUAAAGAGCUGUAAUACUCUGGCUAGGGCCCUGAACCCAACCACAUUGUAGUCAGUGGGAGUCUUUCAAUCAACCUUAGUGGGCUUUGGAUUGAGCAAUAGAAAAAUGUCAGCCAAUUGCAGCCCAGAAAAUAGAAGUCAGACAUUAUGUUCUCACAAAUGACUAACCCUUUCAUUGUUGUCACAAGGCCAAAUCCCACUCACCUUAUUCAGGCAAGGAAUGUCAUUAAGGUCGAGACAUCUCAUCUCCAAUCGCAGAGUUUUGUUUUCUGCACGAAUCGUUCUCAGUCACUUAGAUGGUUUACUUUCUAGCCCUUCGUGCAGUGCCCAUGAUCUGUGCUCUCUGACCGAUAUCCCUGUGUUCUGUUUACUAUCCUGGCUGCUGCCAAAAUAGUGAACUGAAGUUUUUCGCUUACAGACUGCUCCUGCCCUCAGAUUCUUUCCCAGUCCAUGUCUCGCAGUUUGACCAUAUCACACCCCAGCCCUUCUGGCACUGGCAAGCUUUAUUUCUUAGCUUUCAUUCCCCCCCACCCGCCCCCCUGCAUUAAAUUGCAGAGGCCAUUUGCCCACUCAGGUUACCAUUUUUAUCCCAGGUCUCUUUGUAUCCUUUCUCUCCUUUUAUUUAUAUUCCAGUAGCCACUGAAGGCCCCAGUCUGCUACAUCACAUAAGGAGAGAAAAUCCCUGCCCUGAAAUGUUUACAAUCUGAAUAGACAAGACAGACAGAUGGGGAGAGAAAGGAAGUGUUGUUAUCCCCAUUAUACAAGUGGGGAGGUGAGGUACAGCUACUUUAAGUGACUUACCCAAGGUCACACAUGAAGUCUGUGGCAGGAGACAUGGGUUCCAUUCGUGGCUCUAAAUCCCAGGCCAGAACCUUAACCACCAGACCAUCACUUUCCUCUCUUUUCCCUCUGCCUUCCCUUGAGACUGGCUGACUGUUCCACAUCCUUUGUGCAAGUUCCCUCCUCUAGAUCAUUCAUUUAUUUCACUGAAGCCACAUGUUCACUGUGGAUCACUUUGUCCAAAAGUGAUAGCUGCUGUACUUUAAAAAAAAAAAAUGUAAUUAACAGUAUAGCUGGGUGGUGCUGACUCGUAAAAAACCAAAGCCACCAUAUCUUAGAAAACUUGGUACAAUGGGUCAAAUUAAAAUCCAGUGUAAUGUACUGAGCUCAGUGGAACUGCAUUUGCUUUCUUCAGCUCUCAAUUUUAGCCCCAUAUGACUGACAGCCCUGAUCUUGUAGUGCAGUCUUCAUGAUGCACCCCCACGGCAACCCCCAGAAGCCAGGGGCAGGAGUCCACUUGUGUACAUCACCCUGCAAGGCCCACGCAGGCUUUGCUUGAAAUACCAGAAAACAUUAAAGAAUCCAUGCAUAAAUGUGGUUUCAGUCAAGGGUUUGCUUUAAAUGUAUGCUAGUGACACGCUAUUACAACACUUGUGAAAGAAAUGGAUGGAAGAGCAUUUUGAGUCUGGUAUAGUCACUUGGCAGUACUUUAGAUGGGGCAAUUUUCUGUUAGUUUUGAGCAGAAAAAAGGAAGCUUAACUUUAAAAAGUCUGCUCGGGCCGUUGCUAUUACCUGACUGAGCUUAUACAAUGUAUAAAUCAGGGCCAAAUCUCCCCCCCUCCUCCCAAAAGGACACAUUUACCUGCUGUCAUCUGUGUUUUAUUUGCUUUAUCCUGGCUAGCCAUGACCCAUUAUAUAGCUUCCACCUAUCUUACUCUAGAAACAAUCUAAACUGGAUGGGUACAUAAUGACUGUAGGUGGGUUUAGAUCCAUGCUGCCUAACCCCUAAUCUGGAAACACCGCCUGUAGUCCAGCAAGCAGAGCCUGCAGUGUAUAAACUUUAUAGGAGACCCAGGAUUAGGGUGAAACAUUGCACUCAGUAUGGUCACUCCCAGCUGCUGCAUUUUCAGAACUUGUCUUCCGGACUUCAGCAGCCAAAUGUAAGCUCUUGUUUGUUCUGAUUAAAGCUGUUUGCAAAGGCCACAUAAUUGUUUUAAACAAAUGGUUAAAGGCUCACUCCUACAAGAUUCUGAGUGCCCUCAACUUCAGUUGGGAGUUGAGGACACUCAGACCAGAUCCUCAAAGGUAUUUUAGAUACUUAACUCCCAUUAUGCACCUAAAUAAAUACCUUUGAGGCUCUGGGUGUGAGUGCCUUACAGAUGUUGCUUAUGCUGGUAGCUUGGCAUUUACAGUAACAUACUAGGGUGAAGGCAUAAUGGUGAGAAAAGAAAAGACAGGUUUCAGUUUCAAGCCACCAAAGGAUGGUUAGGAAAAAAAAAAUAGACCUAGUUAAACUAUCUUGAUAUUAUGUUUAAGAAUCAGCUGAUUUUCAGUCAUCUUUAGUUUUUCUCUAAUGCCUUCUGCCAGUGCCAACAUCUCUCUUGUUAAAUUAGCAGCAACCAUUUAAAGUCUUUUCAGUGGCAUCUGCAUGGUAAUUGCACAGAGAUGCUUUAUAUCUGGGAAUCAGGCCAAGGAAUAAACCUUGAAGCAAAGUGUAUUAAAUUAGUUAUCUCGUUACAGCUUUUUGAAUAAUUUCCUAAUGAUGAAUUAAGUUUGAACUCAGCCCUGUCAAGUUCCAUUGCUCCAUUUGGAUUUGAAAGGUAGAAAAUCAGAAGGGAAAAUAAUUGUUCCUAGGUCGUCUUAGUCAGGUAUCUUGGCGGAAAUGUAUAUGACUACUGCUUCUUUGGAUCUUCUGUAAGCACAGGAAAAAAAGUUAUGAGAGCAUAAAUAGCUGUGUUAAAAAGGAAGAAAAUUCAGCACCAUUGUCGUUACGUGGCUUUUUGUAGUGCAAAGGCACAUUACAGGUUUCUUUAAAAAAAAUAAUAAUAAUUACAAAAUGGCACCAAAAGCCUUUCAACAUUAGCAAUAAGUGCCUAUUAAUGAGCCAGAUAGAUGGUCACAUAACAACCACUUUCAGUCGGCUACUAAAAUGGUAGCUGGAGUUUAAGGUGACUCACUCUUUCCCUUUUAUUGAAAGCUUGGUCAUUUUAGACUUUCCUUUUGUCUGACUUCAGUGUAUUUUUCUUGCUAGAUUUUAUCUUGACUAGAUCAGCUAGUAUCUUAAAUGAACUGAAAUGGUGUAUGUCUCCAGAGCUUCCUCUCUUGUCCCAUUUGUAACGGUAACUUCAUCAUGCCAGGGUUUUACAGUUGAGAGAGGUGAAUCUACUCCAUAUUGUAGAGGAAAAACGGAAUAUUCCGAUGCUGAAGGACUGCAGCUUUAUCACACCCAGGUUCUUUGGAACAUAUUUUCUUCAUCUUAAGGGAAGGACAGGAAUAAGCAUUUUCUAUCCAAUUUCAUUUGUUACAGUAGAAAUGAAAGCAUGGGACUUAAAGGAACAGUAUCUUUUCAUUUCUCUCCUACAGUUUUAGCAUCUGGGUCUUUUAAAAGGAAAAGGAGAAUGAAAACUCUAGUUAUAUUUGUGGUUUUCAUGCUGUAUUCACAUCAAAGCAUGGGCAAUGGGUAGUUCACAAGAAACCACUUUUAAAGCACCAACUCCCACAAAUUGAACUGCACAGCUACUUGAAGCAGUUCUGAAAACUAACUCCAAAUAGACUUCUUCCAACUCUUGCCAGUUUCUAUCUGACACACUCACCCAUGUUAUAUCCCUGUGAAUGUCUUAUGCUCCUUCAUCUACUUCAUAAAAGGGAAUUUUAAGUAGAUCAAUAAGCCUGCAUUCAUUUUUUUUCUAGAUAAAAUGUUACUGUUUAACAGCCAUAACUUUUGUGGUUUAAUAUUGAACACGUUGAACUGCUAAUAGUUAACAUUGACCCCAAAUUCCAUAGUACCCAAGUCCCCAGCUCAUGGGUAGAGUUCAUGCUCUUAACUAUAUAUAGGUCAGGGAUGGGGAAAAUGGCUUUGCUCAAUUUAGAAUUCACUUAUAAAUAGUUUGAUCAGAACUUAUGGAGUUCUGAAGUUUGCAUUCCACCACACUUUGCGGUGCAGAAGGGAUGGAGCUCUGCCCAGUGCCUGAGGCUCAUCUGCUCUGUCCCUGGCUGCCUCAACUGACCUGCCACAACACGCCAUGCCAGCAGCUGGCUGCUGUCUCUGCAGAAACCCUAAACAUGAGGGUUUCGUCUGAUGAUUUGAAGGUACCGGCUGCAGAAUUUGGGGCCAUUUUGCCAUGCAUAUAAAUGGUAGAUGGGCAUGUGACCAGGCACAAGUAGGGCAGGGCAGGGUGAGACUCUGCAUGCAGGAAUACCCAGCUUCACAGUCUGAUACAAUGCUCUCUAGUGGGCUGGAAAUUGAGUUGCAUCCCCUUGGGCACUGGCAAGGUCCCUAAGCACUGAAUGGGGUUUCAGAGUUAGUGGAAUAUAGUCUUGAGGCUUUCAUACUAAAUCUGAUGUAACUUUGUAUUGUAGGUGGUAUGUUAACAGUGAUCAGAUGUUGUUUGAUUUGUUUUGGAUUGAGAGGAUAGCAGACUGGUUAUUCUUUCACUAAUUUCACCUGCUCACAUUACUAAUGCAGUCCAGACAGUUAAACCAAAUUCACUGAAGGACACUUCUGCCCCAUUAGCUGUGGCUUAUUUAUCUGUUGUCCCAGCUCCAAGUAUCAUUCUGUAUUUAUAGAAUUAAAAACAUUCUGGACUUAGAAACCAGAGGCUUUAGGGUAAAUUCUUUUAGGAAGUUUUGUUUAACUUUUGUUUUAAUGUCAACUGUUAUUUACCAGACAGACAAUGUGUGUGUCAAAAAUAUAUUUAUAUUCAUCCAAUUCUUCCAGCAAAUAAAACCACAACAUGCUCUACCUGAAACCACUAUGAAAUUCCCCAGCCUAUCCAUGCAUUUGCCAGUUGAUCAGUAUUUCAUUGUAUACAAAGGACAGCCUUUCUGCAUCUGAUGCAUAUCAACUCUCGUGCGCUUUACAGGCACAAGAAAUGCAGGACUGUGCACCUUGGCAGCAAAUGGAAAUUUAGCAAUAUACCAGCAGCCCUAAUCGAACAAUCCCAGCACCAUUUCGAAAUAGUGGAAAUAAAACUAACAUUUCUAAAAACAAAUAAAUUCUUUAAAUUUGCAAUUUAUUUUAAUGUCAAUAUUCACCUAUCUAGAACCUCAGGUCAGCACUCCUUAUACAGGUAAGAGUCCUAAGCAGCUCAGGAGGACUGGUGCCUGAGUAAAAUGGAGAGGAAUUGAUUAGAAUUUAAUAACUGCAGUUUUGCUUGCAAAGAUCCAUUCUCUUGCUGCUAUUUUUUAAAACAAAUCAACAAAACUAGAAGCAUUUUGUUAAUGGGAUAAUUGGCCUGUUGAGGUUACGCCUUAUAGAAGACAUUUUCCCCGCUAGUAAAGUAUCUUACUGUUGAUAUUUUUCAAAGGAAAAAAAGUUUACACAUGUAUAAUUGUGUGGGACAUAUGUUACAUAACAUGUUAAAUUAGUUUUACAUCACUGGACGUUCUAUUUUACUUCAGUAUUUCAAUGCUUGCUUUUGUAUUUGUUCUGUAACUCUGUACAUUACAGUUAAGUCCAAGACAAUGAUUUAACAAUUUCUCAGCCUCAUAGUAUGUAUACAUUUUGUAGACAAUUGAGGUCAAUUUCCACACCCCAACCCCUUUUAAUUCAAGAUGAAUGGCAUACUCAUUUUAUACUAUUGAAAGUCUUUUAAAAAAAACUAUGCAUGCUAUUUUAUAUUUUAAUGUAUAUUAUUCAUAUCAGUACAUAAGCUUAUGCUUAUCAGUUUUAUCUUGUGUAUAAAACUGAUUACUUUUGACAGUAUUUUUGCACUGUUUCUCUUCUCUUUAUAAAAAGAACUAUUCAGCAUUAGAUGACUGCAAUAACUUUUUUACAUCUUUCACUGCCUUUGUGUAAAUAGUUUCCUAUAUGCCUUUUCGGAUGUGAGACUCAUGACUCACUAAGCUCUUUUUUGUAAAAGAUUGUCUAUCCUUUGUAUUCAUAGUAUGCAAUAAACUUUUUUUUCCCCCUGAA